CUGGGCAACACAGCCAGACCCUGACUCAAAACAAACAAACAAACAUACAAACAACAGAAAAGCAGGACGGGCGCGGUAGCUCAUGCCUGUAAUCCCAGCGCUUUGGAAGGCUGAGACGGCGGUAUCUCUUGAACUCACAAGUUAAGAGACAAGCCUGGGCGUGGGCUAUAUAGCGAGAUCCAGGUCUCUACCAAAAACAAAACCACUCAGUUUUUAGUCAUCUACAACGUCCUGCCUGGAAGCACGCUAUUUUGCGCCUCUGACCCUUUGCACUUGCUAUUCCUUCUGCGCUGGGGAGAGCUCAAACCCUGCCCGAAACUUCUAAAAAUGGUGCCUGGAUAAAUGAAGGCAUCAGAGUUGCGACUGGACGGGCGUCUGUUGGAUGGCGCCACGGCAGGCACUUAUUGGGACACGCUCAUUGGACAGUCACGUGAUGGGACUAAGCCUCCCGAGGGAGCGAGGCAGGUGCGGUCACGUGACCCGGCGGCGCUGCGGGGCAGCGGCCAUUUUGCGGGGCGGCCACGUGAGGGACGCACGUUCAGUGUGGCUCUCACGUGACCCGGGGCGCGCUGCGGCCGCCCGCGCGGACCCGGCGAGAGGCGGCGGCGGGAGCGGCGGUGAUGGACGGGUCCGGGGAGCAGCCCAGAGGCGGGGGGCCCACCAGCUCUGAGCAGAUCAUGAAGACAGGGGCCCUUUUGCUUCAGGGUUUCAUCCAGGAUCGAGCAGGGCGAAUGGGGGGGGAGACACCCGAGCUGGCCCUGGACCCGGUGCCUCAGGAUGCGUCCACCAAGAGGCUGAGCGAGUGUCUCAAGCGCAUCGGGGACGAACUGGACAGUAACAUGGAGCUGCAGAGGAUGAUUGCCGCCGUGGACACAGACUCCCCCCGAGAGGUCUUUUUCCGAGUGGCAGCUGACAUGUUUUCUGACGGCAACUUCAACUGGGGCCGUGUUGUCGCCCUUUUCUACUUUGCCAGCAAACUGGUGCUCAAGGCCCUGUGUACCAAGGUGCCCGAACUGAUCAGAACCAUCAUGGGCUGGACGCUGGACUUCCUCCGGGAGCGGCUGUUGGGCUGGAUCCAAGACCAGGGUGGUUGGGGGCUGCCCCUGGCCGAGUCGCUGAAGCGACUGAUGUCCCUGUCUCCAGGACGGCCUCCUCUCCUACUUUGGGACGCCCACGUGGCAGACCGUGACCAUCUUGGUGGCUGGAGUACUCACCGCCUCCCUCACCAUCUGGAAGAAGAUGGGCUGAGGCCCCCAGCUGCCUUGAACUGUGUUUUUCCUCCAUAAAUUAUGGCAUUUUUCUGGGAGGGGUGGGGAUUGGGGGACAUGGGCAUUUUUCUUACUUUUGUAAUUAUUGGGGGGGUGGGGAAGAGUGGUCUUGAGGGGGUAAUAAACCUCCUUCGGGACAUA